ACCAAAAAUCCGUACCAGCGUGCCCGUUCCAUUCGUCCAACCGCAAAACGGCAACAAAUGUCACAGCCUCGUUAGAAGCAAAGCUAGUUCUAUCACGUAAAAUGUCCUCACCGGAUCUGCUGCUGCCGAACGAACCGAGCCUGUCGGUGGACGAAAAUGUGGCAAUAGAUUGGCAACCCAUCACACUGACACUGGUGGAGUAUCCCAAAGGAGAUUUGGUCGGCAAAUUGCUAGCCUGGAUCAGUCUGGCCCCGCUCGGCAUUGGUGCGGGGUUCGUCGCCCUCAUACUGUUCCGAAGAGACUUGCACACCAUCGUGUUCUUUCUAGGGACGCUGGUGAACGAAUGUCUUAACAUCCUGCUGAAACACUGGAUCCAGGAGCCACGGCCAGUGUCGCGGGCACAAAUUUGGACCGAGUACGGCAUGCCUUCAUCGCACUCACAGUUUAUGUGCUUUUUUUCCACCUACGUACUCCUGUUUAUCUUCAUAAGACUGCAUCAUAUAAAUAAUAGUAAUAGUGCCCGGUUCGAGCGGCUAGUACGAUUGCUGGUGCUUGCCAUCUGUUGGACGGCCGCAUUUCUCGUCUGCUUCGGCAGGAUCUACCUGCUCUAUCACACACUUUCCCAAGUGCUGAUCGGUGCCCUCGUCGGUACGGUCAUGGGUGCGCUGUGGUUCCUGCUGACGCACUUCGUCCUCACGCCCUACUUUCCGAUGGUCGUGCUGUGGCGCGUGUCGGAACUGUUCCUGCUGCGGGACACCACGCUCAUACCGAACAUACUGUGGUUCGAGUAUACCGUUACGCGGCACGAAGCGCGCGCCCGGUCGCGCAAGCUGGUGAGCAUGAAAUCUCAGUGACGUUUUUGGUCACCCUGACGGCGAUACUCGUACAUCAAAUAGCAUUAAAAAGUAGUCGACGCGUGUGCUAUGGACUCUAUAAAUUGCCCCUGUCAUACGGACGGAAUACCGGGAAGGGCCGGCAAAUCACCGAUGGUGCAAUAGACAGCAACAUUUUUGGGCUUUUCUGUCCCUGUGUGGAUGUGGAGAAGCUAAACAGUCGGAGGGAGAGAGCGAGAUAGAGAGUGUUCCGAUGGUCAGCAUAGGAACAACAAUCGAGUCAUACAAACAUCAACAAGCUGUGGAUGUGCUUUAGAGAAUAAGAACAUAGUUUCAGAAACACUGAACACACACACACACACACACCGAUUUCCCGAUACAAGCAUUUACUAUACGAGAACGUUUGAGUUCGCAAAGCUACUACAAGGCGUCAACACGAAGGGAAGGCAAAUCGUUUGUCUAAUUCCUCACAUCCCUUUUGGCAAUAGGAAUUACUGUCGGAUUUGGCGCCUUUCGUUUCCGGCUAGCAAUCUGCGACUUUUUAAUUUCUUCUUCUUCUUCCUCUUUAUUUUUGCCGUAACGACCUACCCGGUCAUGCCGGUCUAUGCAAGCUUCCGAGACUUAUUAGUACACCACGCAGCCGGAUCAUAGUAAUAGUUUUCUUGCUACGGAAACGAAUCGAAUAGACAUUCGGGCCACCCCGACUUAAUAAUUUAUGUUUGGUAGUUGAAACUUCCCCUCCGCGAAGGGCACACUAAUUGUUAGACCGAUGAUUGCUGGCGAAUACCAACGCGAAAACACUCCUCACAGCAAGUCACAGGCACGACGCACGCCUGAAAAGCGCAAAAAAAAAAUCAGGAGCUUACACUCUUCAAUGCGACUCCGUAGGACACGUGCACACCACCACCAGAAUGUAUUGUGAUGAUGAUGAUGACGAUGAUGAUGAAACACAUGUUUGUUUUUUUUAGAAAACUAAAGAAGACAUAAAAACGACAAAAACACUGGAAGUGAUUGAUUUUUCGAUUCGUACGCACAGGAAAAGGAAGAAUAAAUUAGAACGAGCUUGUAAAGCGAGGCUCACAUAAUUAAACAACUCUGGCGUUUGAUGCAUACCGUUGC